AUGUCAGGAAGUGGACCUGACAAUUCUGUACCAGACGAACAGUUCGACCAGCGGGCCUGCAAUCCUUCAGUUGUUGCCAAUAAUAGAAUGGUGUCGUCGAAUAGUAGAUCGGGUGGCUGCAUGGAAUGUACAGCAGCAAAAGCAAACGCAUAUAAAGCUGGACUGGCACUUGUUGCUCAAAUGGAUGAAAUGCAAAAAUUGCAGAAGAAGCUUAAAGAAAAGGAAGAUCUGCUGAAAGUUUACAGUGCUCGAGAUGGUUUUAUUGAUGAAAUAGUGUCGAAAAAUGAGCAACUAGAAGAUGAUAUUUCUAGACUCCGCAUUGCAGAGACAGAAGCCAAGGAGGCCUGCAAAAGACAUGAACUUCGUAUUUCAGAACUGUUACUAUAUGAACGAAGUUAUCAGGAGGCCUUAGCAGUGAAGCAGUUGAAUUUGAAAUUGAAAGAGACUCUAGAGAAGUCCGAGGAAAAGCGGGAGAACAUGGUUAAAAAAUAUGAAGAAAGCGUUUUGUUUGCUGAGCUCAGUAUUCCACUUUCGAGCCGCUGGCUUUAUAAAAGAGUGUACUUUUAUGCAAAGAGUUUUCUGUUGUUGCAAGCGAAGAUAGCUGUAAAGGAUGAAUUGUUUGAUGAAGAUUUACGACAAAGAUAUGAACGUUUUAUGGGUACCGAACUGAUUUCACAUUUUUCAUCAGCAGAGGAUAUUUCACCGAAACGCACUCGCGCUGUCUCACAACAUUCUUUCUCAGCGACAAGUGAUGAAGAUGAUGUUCGUGAGCUAGAAAAUUUAAUGCAGGAAGAAAAGAAUGUUGCCUCAAAGUCCGACAGUAAAGAUGUUAAAAAGAGUACUGGACGUUUUGAUGUUCCAUCUGUCUCUGGGAAUUGUUCUGACUGUGUAGCGAAUUCUUCUCAAAAUUCGUCUUGUGCGUCUUCAAGAACAACUGGAAGUAGUGGAUUUCGGAGGUUUGAAAAGUUUUCUGAGAGGCUUCAGGACUUCAGCAGCAGUACCGUGAAUGAAAUUGAUUUAAAGAAGAGAGAACACACGAGCAGUUCAUUGAAGCGAGAUAGACGUGGAAAAUUAAAAGGGCAUAGUUUACAGGAGAUAGAAGAUAUCCAUGGUAAAUUUUUGUCACGUGUUAUAGGACAAUCUAGCGUUCAUGAGACGGCUGCUAGUGAACCGUUGAGCAGUUCAAUUAUUGGGAGGAAGACGAAAACGAUCAAGGAGCAGCAAGAAGAAAUGAUAAGGAGACAUAAAAAGCAGAAGUUAGAAGAAGCUGUGGCGGAAGCUGAGAAGAAAGUUCUUGAUGGGGAGUCAGACCUUUCUGGUAGUUUCGAGGAAGAAGCAGUAGCACGGAAUCAAGUCAAGGAGAACUCUUCUAAUUUUCUUGACGAUUUCAUUCUUUCUGAUACUGACGAAGAAGUAGAAAGUCGUGGCAAGGAGGAAGAGAUUCAUGUUGUUUCUGAACCGGUUACCAGUAGUGUUGAAAAGAAAAAAGAGACUUCGCAGGAAUCCAGCUCAGAUAUAACACCGGUAAAGUAUGUUGUGAUUGGAGAAGACAAUGGGCUUGAACGGUGUAGUCAUGAUGUAUGCGUAGAGCGUAAUACGAUGGACUCUACGGGUCUAAAGCAAGUUUCUUCUGGUGCUGCAGGCUCUUUCACUUUCAAAAAAACAGAAGAUGGUAGUAAAGGAGAUGAUGUUUGUGGUUCUUCGACAGAGCAGUUACAAGAAGAAAUUGAUGCUUCAAAAGUUAAAGAAAUAGACAGUACCAGUGAAGAACUCUCAAUUCCCAGGGUAAUUAAUGAAAUUGGCUCUCUAAGUAAGGAAUUAAAAUUAGCGCCUUUGGACGAAGUGGGAGACAACACUUUGGGAUCAAAAAGUGACUCGUUCAAUUCAAUCAAUGACGCCGAAAAAGAGAAAAGUACAGGUCGUGGGCUUGGGGGUAUAGUCUUGUUAAAAGAUGUAGUGCCUUCAACUGCAGAAGGAACAACCAGCGAACCGGUGGAAUCGGCUUUGUCAUUGACGGGUAGUAAAAAUGUAGAUACUCAGGCUUCUGAAUGUUCUUCCGCAAUAGCAACGGACAGUUCGUUGAAAGCAGGCAAAGAUUUUAAGGAUGAUGAGAACAACAAAGUGUGUUUCUGUUACGAAAAUCUAUUGGCAGAAAGUAUGAUUUUUUUAAUGACUUCAAGUGAGAGAAUCGUUAAUGACAUCCCGAAACCGAGGAGACCAAGGAAGCGGAAAGUAGCAAAACCUUUGGAAAGGAAGAGACGUACGGAUUUUACGACUCCAGAAAAUGUGGCAAAGGAAGUCAAAUCAAAUCUUUCUACAGAAGGUAUUGAAACCAUUAAUCUUCCUAAGGAGUUGGCUAAGGAAGUUGUGUUUGGUAUAACAGCACCUUUAGCUGAAGCUGCA